UUGCUCGCGAAAUCGUACUACCACACUGUGAGUGUGUGUUGUGUGGUGGAAACUACAUCGGCUCCGAUUUCCAUGCCUGCUUGGCUGGUACUGCUGGCAUGGAAACGUACGGAAAAUAGCUUCAGUGUCGCGGGGGGCAGGCCUUAAAGUGUGUGUUCGAGUUAUUAGCGCUCGCGUCGGUUUCCCAUUCUGCUGGAGCUACAUUUCUUUUCCACCGUGUACAAAGCCACCGAACGCAUUAGUGAAGCGUGUUAGCCUGACGGGGGCAAGUAGCAUCUUUGUUGGGGACUGGCUCAACCGCGUACUACCCACCAACGACCAAGGCAAAGGUUUGUGAAUGGCCAGUACGACGACCAGCACCAGGAACCGAGCAUUGUAUCGAUUAAAUUCUCACUCUUUUCGAUGCGGUAAGUGGGUGUUUUUCGUCACGUCAAGCCCGAAAUGAAAAUUCUCUGCAUACACACAAACAGAUGUGGCGCAGAUACUGAAGACGGCGGGGUAUGGUGUUCUGCUUAGCGAAAAGUACGGCCUUUGCUAAGGUUCAAAUCGUUCGUGCAUGUUCUUCCUUCAUUAGAGAGAGAGCAUGCCGAUAGCCCGUGUACAUCGUAUCGCAAUCAGUGCUUGCUACGCGAAGUAGGCAUUGCAAAAGUCGCCUACUGCUGCGAUCGACGACGUUGUGUUUGAAUAGUGAAUUUCCACCACCGGAAAAGCCCGCAUGGUGUAUCAGUGUGUAAGUGUGCAAAGUAGGUUCGUGUGAGUGUGUGUGUGUGCACGCGGGUUUCUUCCAAGUACGUGAAAAACAACAAAACUCCCAGCUCCAAUGAUCUCCGUGGGGAAGGUUGAAUGUGAGAGAAAAUCAUACAUCCGCUAAGCGAUGGUUUGGAAUCGUCUUUGAAGUUUAGAAAUUUCCGUUUUUUCGGUGUUUUGUGCGCUCAAUGAAACAGUGAAAACCGAAAAUGGAAAAGGAAGCAAAAGUGUUGGAAUAGAUUGACGCACCGUUAGUGAAAGAAAAGUGAAACUCGAAUUUUUAAUUGAGGGUACACAUAAUAAGUCAAACGCCGUCAAGAUAUGCCGCACUUUCUUUCCCCCGCAGUAAUGAUCUGAUUCCCACUCCCUCACAACAGGUGAGCUGACGAACAGAUCGGUGUGAAGCUCGCGAUAAAUGCGGCCUGAGAAAAUUUGCCCGCAUAGUGGCAUUGUGCAUAGUUUUUCCCGAUGUUGACGACUGACUCCAGUUCAUACGCCAGCACGUAACACAACACAGAAACGUUGCCGUAAUCAGUCACAACGAUUGGUUCGUAUCGCACGAUUUCGAAAUCUCACACCGGUGGAGCGUUCACUCCUCGAUGCACCACGAUUCCGGGGUCGUGUUUUAACCAUUAUCGCGGAAUCGAUUCCACGUGGCAGACGUUCCACCGCAUCCACAACAACUUAGGUACCGAGGCCCGAUAGAUAACCAUUUAGACGCAUCGGCCAACACAUACCCUCACCCCGAUACAUCACAGCAAGAAGUCAGCCUCAUUCCGACAGAGUAAACGAUCACCAAAGAAAAUGGAUCGAUUGCGCAAAUCAUUCCGCGAUUCGUUUCGCCGACGCAAGGACCGUGUUCCGGAGGCGGCCAAGCCCCACCAGUGGCAAUCGGACGAGCAGGCAGUACGCUCGGCAACGUGCACAUUUGCGGUGAAGUACUUGGGAUGCGUUGAAGUAUUCGAAUCUCGUGGGAUGCAGGUGUGCGAGGAGGCGUUAAAGGUGUUACGAAACUCGAGGCGACGUGCAAUACGGGCCCAGCUGCAUGUUAGCGGCGAUGGGCUUCGCGUAGUUGAGGACGACACAAAGGGGUUGAUCGUGGAUCAAACUAUCGAAAAGGUCUCGUUCUGUGCGCCGGAUCGUAAUCAUGAGCGAGGCUUCAGCUACAUCUGCCGCGAUGGUACGACGCGCCGCUGGAUGUGUCACGGGUUUUUGGCCACGAAAGAUUCGGGCGAACGGUUGUCUCAUGCGGUGGGCUGCGCGUUCGCCGUCUGCUUGGAGCGCAAGCAGCGACGUGAUAAGGAGUGUGGCGUGACGAUGACGUUCGACAUGAAGAACUCCACCUUCACCCGUACCGGGUCGUUUAGGCAGCAAACGAUGACGGAACGGUUGGCGGCCGGUGCAGCCGAUACGGCGGUAGUGGCACCGCAGCAGAACAACAAUGCCGCGAAACCGUACAAUCCGUUCGCGAUUGAGCGACCACACGCGACACCCUCGAUGCUGGAACGUCAGGGCAGCUUCCGUGGCUUCACGCAGAUCGGUUCGGCGUCCCCGUUCAAGCGGCAGAUGUCGCUGCGAAUAAAUGAUCUUCCGUCCAACGCGGAGCGGCAGCGAGCCUUCCUCGAGCCGGGCACCCCACAGCGCACGACUGUUUCGCCCAUUCCAGAAGUGUCCCCGCAGCCAACGGACACGGUCAGCCAGCUGUGCCAGGAGCUGAGCCAGGGCUUGUCGCUGCUUACCAAAAACGAUGCGGACGAUUUUUAUCUCAACAAAGAGCUGCAUCUUAAAUCGGCCGCUACGGCUGCUACCACUACUGCAAGCAUCACUACCACUGGCACGCUGGCAUCAUCCUCGGUAACGUCCGCGGCGGUCGUCAGCAAAUACGUUCCGGGUAUGAUGCUUGCCCGAAACGGGCCGAGUGACGUCGUCCCAUCGGCAUUACCGACCCUAUCGGUCGUGCCCACGAUCCCGCCGCGAUCCAUCUCCCCACUCAACAAGCAGCAAACGCUGGAUCUAUCCGCCUUGGGUAGCAGUGCAAGCAACAACACCACACACAGUAUCAGCAGUACCGGAAGUAGCGCCAUCGCCAGCAAUACUACCGCAUCCACGAUUCCUGCCAGUGGCGGAUUUCCGGGAACGGCGGCGGUGGAUACGAUAGCGGCGGCGAGUGCUUCUUCUUCUGCUAGCAGCAUGGCCACCUCCAGUGUAGUUGUCCCAAUCGAAACGGCUUCCCCGCUGCCCAACCCGGAACAGUGGCUAGGGCAGAUCGUGAAGAAUGUUUCCCCAUCACCACGCCGCGCGCCUUCACUGCACAACCGGGCCAAGUCGCUGAACGCGGCGGAUCCGUUCGAUGCCGAAUGGGUGGCCGACGUAGCAAAGCCGGAAAUACACAGCACGAACCCAUUCAUCUCACCACCCAAACCUCCGGCCCAAACGUUCCAGGUCCAUCUGUAAGCGCGGCGUGUGGCGGCUCCGUUAUCGUAUCGAAAUCGAAAAGCGCACAUGUACGCUCCCAGAUUUCUUUUUGGUGCUUUCGGGAAAGUGGGGGGGAUUCUGUUUCCUUUUUUUUUUCUUUCGUGGGGAGAGGUAAUCGUUGAAUGGUAGCUAAUUGUAUCGGAACUACUUGAUUGUUAUACGCACUACGUCGAUGGGGCUCAAACAAACCUAAAGUAGGACCUGUCCCCAUCCUCGACGAAUGUUGCGAUUUAUUGUUUAAGACAAACCGCGUUAAACUGGGACUCAUUUCUACUUACGUUGAGAGCAGCGCCAGCGACUGUUGUUACACAGUACUUAAACCGUACGAGUUACGUGAACGAAACAUUCUCAUGAGCAGCAUUUUACAGUACGAUUCUCGUUUUUCCUUUUUAAUUUCUUCCUCUAUUAGCAGAAAAACAAGUAGAGUUUCAUUCCAGUUCAUUCAGUCGUUUUCUCAGUUUCAUUCCAGCAAAAGAUAUUCCUUCCCCCGUUUUUUACACUAUUCGUUCAUGCAUUUCAAUCUUACCGUGUUUGACUAGGAAAGAUGUGGGGCAAACAGACUAUUUGCUUUUGUUGUCUCACUUGUAAAACUGUUACAAUUUUUGAUUUUCCUUCUAAUUUCUCCAUUCGGAUCUUAAACAUGCACUCAUGGGGCCAUUUUCUAUUGUCCUUUCCUCAUAUUUGGAUCCUUUUUUGCAGUUUUUUCCUUAUUGCAAUAGCUAAAUAAGAGCAAGAAAUAUCUCUCGGUACAGUUCACACGCUAGCAAGAAUGGUCGUUACCCGGUUAGCAAAAAGCGAAAGCGUUGAUUUAUCAAAAUCUGUAGACAAAAUAACAGUUAUUACAUCUAGCCCAAAUCUAUCCGCACGAUCACGAUCCGGGGAAGCGCAAUACCGAUCGGCUACUAACAACAACCUUCUACCAUAAUAACUACUAUUAGUAAUGCAGCUUCACACUUACUAUUAACCUCAAACAAAUGCGAAAUAAAUCCGAUCACGUUACGGCUUAUGAAGCUUUAUUUGUAGUGCGUGUCUGUCUGUCUGUCCGCGUGCCCCGGGCCGUACGCCGCAGAUAGUGACAGCAGAUAGUAAUAUUUUACGGAGCAGCAAGCGGUAGUGAAUAGCAUAAUGUAGCCACACAGUACUGCACAAAUCGAGCCGGAAUCUUGAAGCAAUAGUAUGGUGUGUGCAGUAGUAGUGGUAGCAGUAGUAGUAGCACACCCAUCUGUAUGUUUCCGGGAAGAAGAAAGUUGAUCGAUUCAUUCAAUGUACUUAUCGAAAUAGGACGGGCAAGUUAGUUGAUUUGCUAGUUCGCAAUCGAAAUGGCAUAGUUGCUAGUGUGUAACCAACACAUUCAACUGCUUUCUUUUUGUGGGCUAAACGUGUCUAAAGCAAAAGGUGGGAAAGCAAGUGAGAGAAUAGAGAGAGAGAGCGAGAGGAUAGAAGAAGAAAAAACGUAUUGUGAUUACUAAUAUAUAUACACACACGCAAGUACUAGCCUAAAAUUAUAAUAACGAUAAUGGAUGAAGCAGCAGUAAAAGAAAAACAAAAAUGAAAAAAAAACCGAUUCGGCGUUGCUGGGGGGGGAUGCGUUGAUGUUGAGCUGAAUUCAAACAUUCUGAAAGAAGUGGGCCGGCUAGCAGCAGCCAUGCGAAUGAGAAAUCAUCGUUUGUAAAACAAACCACACACACGCGCGCGCUGUGUUCUUUUAAAUGUCACCUUACCAUAUACUGUAUUGCCUUUAUUGAUCGUGUCGUCGUGUGCGGCGAGGAUCAUCUUAUCUAUGUUCUGUUGAUGAUGAUGAUGAUGGUGGUGGUGAAGCCGUUUUAGUUCCACUGGCGAAGAGUGUUUGUUUGCCCGGCAUUUGUUAAACCUGUUUUGAGUCUGUGUGUGAGUGUGCGUCAGUUUUUGCGUUUGUUUGUAAGAUAUUUUGUACAAAGAUAACAAGUCCUAGCGUUACAUGUACUACGCAUGGUCGUCGUCAGCUUUUGCUUCUUGUAGAUAGGUGUACAUAUUAUACCGGACGGGGUUUCCACAGCGCAUCUUGGCUCGUUUUGUACAACCGCCCUCCUAUCGCGACCCUUUUUCUAUGUUAGCUGUUCCCAUGCCUGGGACCACACGUAUUCUAUCCCAACAGUAUCUAGGAGCGUGCAGUGGUGGCGCUCCGAUAAAUACUACUAACCACAACCAAUCAAUGGACUUACACCGAAUAACCGAAGCUAGUAGUUUGAUGGGGGAAUGGGGCGAGAAUCCACAUGAUUUGUCCCCGAUGGGUGGUCUGCUGCACCUGCCGCCGCCACAGCGGACAGUUGUGCUGAAAUUAUGAGACAUAUCAAUUUUCUAUCCACUUUAGAGAAAAUGAACGCUUACGAAACUGAAUUGAAUGCAGGACAAGCUUACGAAAUCCGUAACGAAAUUAAACUCACCUGAAAUUCACCCCAAAUCCAAACUCUCUGUAAGGACAUACCCAACUUAUACACCCUUUCGAAGAGCUUUUUUUAUAGUUUCUUCUUGUUUUGUCCCACUUUAUACACCGUUUCGCGAGGGAACAGCAUGAUCGUACCCUCGAAUCGUGUUCGCAACACCACAACCAAACACCCGUCGCCUGACGACAUGCUUCAUUGGUUCGGACACACGAGUCUUGGCGAUACAAACCACAUAGUUUACAUGUCGCUCACGAUACUACUACUAUACUGGGUACGCUUAUUUACCGGACACGCGUUGUUAUAAACACGGCAUACAACAUAUACAUAUAUAGACUAAUACGACUGAUUGGUCCGAGUCUGUUCGCGCUCGAGGAAGGCAUCCACCACGGUGGUGUCUUUUAAUGUCACUUCAUAAUGGCGAUCAGCGUAGCAAAGAAAAGGUACGGACAAAUGGAUAGUAGGAAACAAUGGUAGUAACAUUGUUGUGUGGUGCGAAAACAAAAAGGAUCGAAAAAGGGCCAGCAAGCAAGGGUGGAAUAAAGUGGAGCAGAAGACAUGAACCCGUGAAGCGACAGGCAAAAAAAA